CAUUUGAUGCGCUCUGCCAGUACGUAGUAAAAUGUGUAAUAGUUGCUAUAAAAACCAUAGGCAACAUUAUGCUAGUGACAUAUCUACUUCAAUUUAUGUUUGCAGUUAUUGGAGUACAAUUGUUCAAGGGAAAAUUUUUCUCGUGCUCUGACGGUUCGAAGAUGCAAGAAGCUGAUUGCCAUGGGACAUAUCUCGUUUACGAGGAUGGAAAUGUUGACAAGCCUGUUUCUAAAGAACGAGAAUGGACCAGAAACCGUUUCCACUUUGAUGAUGUUUCGAAAGCAAUGCUCACUCUAUUCACAGUGUCAACGUUUGAGGGGUGGCCAGGUCUUCUAUAUGUCUCGAUUGACUCUCAUGAGGAAGAUUCCGGCCCCAUACAUAAUUUUAGGCCUAUUGUUGCAGCAUAUUAUAUUAUCUACAUCAUUAUUAUCGCUUUUUUUAUGGUUAACAUAUUCGUUGGUUUCGUUAUUGUAACAUUCCAAAAUGAAGGCGAGCAGGAAUAUAAAAAUUGCGAUUUGGAUAAAAAUCAACGAAACUGCAUAGAAUUUGCCCUUAAAGCCAAACCCAUUCGUCGGUAUAUUCCGAAGCAUAGAAUACAAUAUAAAGUAUGGUGGUUCGUGACAUCGCAGCCAUUUGAAUAUAUGAUAUUCAUGUUAAUCAUGAUCAACACAAUUACGCUAUCAAUGAAAUUCUACCGCCAACCAGAAAUGUAUACUGAUGUACUUGAUUCCUUAAAUUUGAUAUUUACUGCAGUUUUCGCUUUAGAAUUUGUUUUCAAACUGGCUGCGUUCAGAUUCAAGAACUAUUUCGGCGAUGCAUGGAACGUUUUUGAUUUUAUUAUCGUUCUUGGAAGUUUCAUCGAUAUUGUAUAUUCGGAAGUAAACAUUAAUAAAGGCCAAAAGCAAGCUUCCAGUAUUAUUUCAAUAAACUUUUUUCGAUUGUUUCGUGUAAUGAGGCUGGUCAAACUGUUGGCUCGAGGUGAAGGCAUUAGAACCCUAUUAUGGACAUUUAUCAAAUCAUUUCAAGCACUUCCAUAUGUUGCUCUGCUAAUAGUUAUGUUAUUUUUCAUCUACGCAGUAAUCGGAAUGCAGGUAGGAAUUUAA